CGAAGUCAUAAAGCUAUAAAGUGAAGAAGACAUGGGGCUUCUUAACUUAUUUCCUACUCUUUUUCUAGAUCGGAUUGGAAUGUGACAAGGCAAAUUAGAUAGUACAAAAGCCGUUACUAGCGUAUUCUUAGUUUAUGCCUGAUUGAGCUGAAAGAAAGCCGUCACUUUCUAGCCGGUUUGUCAGCUGCAGGAGGUAUUUUUGUAAAUUUGUGGCAUUUACUUUAUUCCGAAUUCCUCAACAUAAUAGCCUUACCGUGAAAUGAGUGAAGACGAAAGGGGUCUAAAGGACUCAAAAACUACAGACGAACAACCGCCAAGACCGGAUUCAAGCUCAUCAUCGGUUAUAAGUAGAACUAGCUCUCCAGAGCAUCUUGAAGGUGAUGUAUUUGCGAGUGUGGGAAAACAACAAGAUCAAUUAGAUCCUGAAAAACUUUCUGCUGAUGUAGCUGCUAGAGGGAUUGUAUCCCCUAAGAAGCCUUCAGGAAUGUUAGCGCAAACUGGGAUGCGUGGAAUGUUAAUAGCUGCGUGUGAGGUUGCAACAGAUGAGUCAGAAAAAAGUCAAAAAGCAGAGGAUGUUACUUCACAGAGUAUCAAAAGUGAAAACUUGGACAAGAAUGCAGUGAAUUCGUCAAGUGAAGAUCAUGAUCGAGUAGCCCAUGACAUUCUUUCUUUCAACAAAGACUCAUCAAAUAGCCGGCCAUCAUCAGCAAGUUCUUCUUCAUCAACAGCAGAAGGAGCAGAGAAAAAAGAAUCUUCUUUCCAAUCUGUGGAAAAAGAGAGGAGUUUCAUAUCUCAUGCUGGUAAUACCACAGUUGAGGUUGUUUCAACUUGUACCCAGACUGAGUGGAGCUGGUUGAAGGAUAUGGAAUUGUACCAGGAAAUAACAAAUAAAUCUAAACCCGAGUGGGCAAACAGAACAGAAAGGAAAAUGUCGUCACCAUCAGGUAACGUGAAAACUCGACAUGCACACAAGUUGAUAAAAAUACUUUGCCACCUAAAAUAAUAUAAACCUACAUGUAGCUUCCAUUUUCCGUCUUCAUGGGGAAGGGGGUGGCAACAUGAAGGCUGCAAAAAAUAUAGAGAAACAAUGGUUCACAAUGCAUAUGAGAACAGGGUUGUCAAAAACAGUUGGCAGCUGGAAAAAAUCAGCACCUAAUUUGGUCAGCUGCUGUACAGGGCUUUUCCUUAUAUAAAUUUCUUAAUAAACUAAUAGCAACACUAGCCACCUUCUUCAAUAAUAAAGCCACCUACUUUGAAACUUCUGAAAUUCCCCUGAGUAGACUGAAAAUAGCCUGGGUAGCUAGCAGAAUCAUCUCAUCUUAAGAUUAUCGUGGACAAAAUGUUGAUAACUGUGGUUUGUUCUUUUAGCCAACGGCCAUGCUGGCUCCAUCAAAAGGAGGAAGAAAAAAUCUGUUGGAAGAAGAACAUCAAUUAGCAGUGACAAAGGUGCACCUGUGAAAGAUGAAGAGAAUGUAUCACUUCCUGAGGUGGAGGAAGGAACUGAAACAAAGAAGAGCUACACUGGGCCAGAGGAAGGUCAUUACUUAAAUAAGCUUACUCUUCAAAAGAUGCUUUGAAAAAAAAGCUAGGGUGACUUUUGAUGAAAUUUAGAUUCUCCCCCUGCAUUAAAUUGCCUUAUGUUUAGUCUUUAUCAAAGGGAGAAUUUAAGUUGAGAUCACAAGUGACUGGAACCCUUUUCCACGCACCUUAAGGUGAUUCCCUGGUUUUGCACUGUGCAUCUCUUACUGCGCAUAACAAGAUGGCCUCCAUAAAAAAGAGCAUGUGAAGUAACAUCAUUAAAAUGAAGUUGACCGAAGAGAAACGCUAUUGCAAUUUUUGCUUGUGGUUGUUUCUUGCCGAGGUGAGACUCAAUGUGGUGGGAAUGUGCAUAACGUAAGCAGUAAGCGUGUUGCUGAGUUCGACUUCCUCACGGAGAACCUCGAUAGUGGAUGUUAGUGCUUAUUCACUUUGAUUUUCAUUUAAACACUUUCUUUACCACAUAGUGUCCUAAAUGUGAUAUCUCGAUGUAAAUUCUGUAAAAACGGAUUUUUAAUAAUUUCUUCCCCCUUUCGCAUACAUUCUAUUUUGAAACUCACCCCAGUCCUCUCUCAAGAAUCAAUUAAAAUGCAUUUGGUGCGCACUUUCUGCAGCUCUACUGCAAAAACGAGUACGGUGACCCCCAUUUUUUAUUUCAUGAUUUAAAUAGUGCUUCCUUUCGGUGAGAAAAAAAUUGGCACAAAAUGAUAAAACUUCUAACACUUGAUAACUUGUAGUAGAGUGACGACAACUACCAAAAUGACACUGGUUCCUGCACGAGCACUAUACUUAGUAUUGAAAAAAUCUUGUACUCGUUGUCGUACGUGUCUUAGAAUCUAAGGGUCUCUAAUUCUGAAGAUUUGCUUUUUAUUUAUUUCUCUAGGAAGCUCUGGGAGAAGCAAGUCCAAAUCAUCUGGGGGAGUCCCCAGAUCUCGCCAAUCAGUCGUGUCUUCACUGCCACGUACCCCCAAGGGUGAGGAUGUUCUGUUCCGCCCUCCCACAGUGGAACCAGACUCUGACAGUACUUCAGAGGCUGAUUUUGAAGAUUAUGUUGCAGAACAAGAGUAUCUACUACCAAGUAUUGGUCCUCCCGCUAUCCUUCAAUACAUGAAAGAGUCUCAACACCCCCCAUUGUCUAAUGAAGAGGUUGAAGAUAGAGAAGAGCUUGCCAAGAGUGAAAUGUUGAAGAAGAGUAUGUAUAGUGGUCCGUGCAUGUUUUGUCAUGAGGAGAUAUUGCCGUUUCCAACCAUUGAAGAAUUGGAGAGAUUGACCCCUGAUCAGGUGAUUUUCCAAAAAAUCAUUAUAAGUUAUUGUUGCAUGAAUCAAAUAAUAUGUUUUGACAUGUUGGGUCAUUAAGAAAGUUUGCAGGGAUUACAGAUAUUUAACUGUGAAAUCCAAGGUCCUCAGCACGUAAAUAAGUUGCAAUAAUAGGUUGGUUAUAAAUGUUUAAAUGGGCUCUUACUUUGACUGUGGUUUAAGAGACUCAACAUAUAAAUAAUAAUAAUAGUCUUUAUUGAGGAUAUCAAUUUCACUGAUAAGUGAUUUACAAAAGAGUCCUCAAAUGUUUUUGUAAGGUUUUUAUUUCAAGUUAACCUGUGAGCAAGCUUUCCUCAUUUAUUGCUUGCUAAGCAAGCUGUGACGGAACGCGCAAUCCAGGGGCUUUCCUUCUCCACCCCUCAUACUUGCAUCUCCUUUCGUGUGCUGCUCUCACAUGACUUCUUUCAACUCCCUCAAAUGGAGAGCUUGCUCACAGGCUAAUUUUAAGUAUAUAAAUAGCUCUUGAGUCCGGGUUUGUAAGCCUUCUUUUUGCUUGAAAUGUGACGAUGUGAGGGUUAUCCUCCCAUUUAGAUGUUCUUAGGGCUUUCCUUUCAGGGGGGUUGGGGGAGGGGGGGGGGUUGAACACAUGAUCCAUAUUUUUAUGUGACUUUAAUAGUAAAAUUUUACCAAACAGGAUCAUCCGCCAGCUUCAGGAGUGUUGUUAUGCAAAAAUAUGAUGAUAUCCAACUAUUUAAGCGUACAAAUCUGGCAUCUCACAUCUGAGUAAUUUUGUAUACCAUACAAACUGUUACUUUUGCUUUCAGCUUUACUGCUGUCCUCAGUAUGAACGCUUUGUGAAAUUUGAGCUUGCCCAGAGAUCAGACACUGCUCAUUUGGUUGACGAAAUGAUUGACAUUAAGCCCCACCCACCUUAUGGCACCAAAGCCGCGAGGAGAGCAGCCAAGGAGCGAGCAGCAGAACGCGCCAGAGAACGUGAAAUGGAGAGACAACGGGCUGCCGGUGCUAAUCCUACGAACUUCUAUGCAUGUGAGUUGACCCAGUUAAGACUCCACGCGCGAUAUAGUUAACUUAUUCGCAAAGGAUAUCGGGAUGGAUUCCUCGCGCUUUGCGUGGCUAAAGCUCAAGGGGUCCACCAUUCUGUCCACUGUGUAAAUUUAUUGGAAUUACCGUUUGCUUCGUCUAUGGCAAUAUAUCGCUAAAUAUGUCUAUGAAUUAGUGUUAAAUAUACGUUGUAUUAUCUUACCUGCGGUGUAUUGUCGUCCUUUUGUCUCAAAAGAGGUAUUCUGAGCGAUUUCGAAGGAUUUUGAGUUCUCUCUUGUAGUGUUCCUCCUCCUAACACCCUUAUUGCAAAGCUAUCUAACAGGUGCUGUUUUAACUCUUUCCAUAGUAACUCGUCAGAUGAAAACUAUCACUUAUUCCUUGGCUUCUACCAAGUGCAUGGAGGAGGGAUGGACGGUCCGUCCCGAGUCUCCAUCACUGUCAGACGGUGAACAAAUUCAGGAUCCAUUUGUUAUUGAAGUCAAUCCUCUUCAGCUUGUAAGUACAUCGCAUAGAAUUGAAAUGAACUGUUGUGAAGUCCGGGGCAUUUAUCAUGAGACGCAAAAUAGAAAAACGGCCGACGGCAACGAGAGCAUAAAAAAAACAAGAUUAGCAAAAAAACAACUUUGCACGUGCAUCACGCUUUUUUGUACCCUUCUUUGCCGUCACGGCACGACUGUGACGUGAAGUUGCCAACUUUCACGUUUUGUGGAGAACGUAAACAAACGAAGACGAAUUUCUCUUCCCCUUUUUGAACUUGAAUACUUUUCUUAGGAAUUCAGCUCCAGGAGAGUUCGCCUACAAUUGAUAAUGUGAGCGAGCUGGAAUAAUCACGUUUCAAAAAACGCGAAGUCACUUUAAUUUGGUACUGACGUUUUCGCCGCCGUCAACGUCGUCAACUCUCUCUUUUUCGUAGAAGGCUAGGAGAUCACAGUCUAUGUUCCGUUGAGUUUUUUUCCUGCAGGAUUAAAAAAAGUCCAUUAUUUUAGGAAAAAUAAAACUGAGCGUGCGACCAGUUUUUCCUGAGAUAAUUUUACCACAGUUCAUAGUCCAUAACCACGAAAACCUGUUUCAACCAAUCAGAUGAACUGGUAAGAAAUUUCCCGCCUAAAUGGCGCACUGCACACGGCUAGUCCCGCGGGAAACAAAUCUAGUGUGACCGCUUUAUCCUCCGUAAAGAAAACAAAACUAUAGAUAUAAUGUAAGAAAAAUACGGGAGAAAAUAGUUCUUCCCACGGUGUAAAAGCUGUGUUCUUUCGUAGGUGUUAUCCAUUUUACGAGAGACAGGUAAAUAAAAGACGGUAACACGUAAAUUUGUUAUUUUCAUUUUUCCAUCACAGAGGAAGCAGGCAUUUCUGGAGAGAUUUUACGAAAACAAGCGAAGGUUUCUUCUUCUGCUCCCAGAUGGAACUGGGACUUGCUAGUAUCCUUGUUGCAUUCUCAACUAGAUUGCUUCCUCAUCGUCCUACUCCCAUCCGUGCUUUCGAUUGGAGCUGGAUAUUAGGGUCCGGUUCUUAAAACUUCCCUGUUAGAUACUAGUGUUUCUGUAUUUUGGUUUCGCGUUUGAUUAGAAGCUCCAAACAAACUCUGGGAUGAAUUUCAAACUCGAAAUCAUCCAUAGACAUAAACUUCUCACUCACCUGCCGCUCUCAGACAUAAGUGCGCUGAAAAUCGCUUUUCGCGAAAGUUUGUAACUUGAGAAAGCAGCCACAAUUUUUUGACACCACUGCUUGUUUCCCGGCAAACUGACGUUUGAAGAACGAGGGCAGAAAUUCCAUACUGAUGACGUGUCACUACGUAGGUCUGGGUAGUGCUUCUGAUUGGUUGAAGCAAAUUUCCAUUCCGGCACAACCAAUCGGAAGCACAACCUCGAUCUGGGUAGUGUCACGUCAUCAGUAUGGAAUUUCUGCGCUCGAACCUCAGACGCUCCAGUGGUAACGUUGCGAAAUGUGUUUUUUUAUCAGGCUAGAAAGUUUGAUGUUUUUCUAUCAUUUGCUACUCUCUCUAUAACUAUUAAAUCUGUUGAAUUUUCUUGACGUCAUUGUUCAGUUAUCCAAGUGGUAAUAUUGCAGUCAUGAUAACUGCUAAAGAAAAAGGAAAGUUCACUUACAUAGUGUUCGAUGUAAGUAGCUGACUUCGCAUUCUACGACUAAUGUCCUAAAUACCCAUCUUCAAAUUUUGGCUCGGAGCACACGAACUACUUUGAAAUUUUGAGCCAGUUAUCCCCCUUAGAACUCAUGUGAACUCCCUUUUUGUCAUAUUGCUGACUAACCCGCAAAUAUAGAGAGACUUCAGAGAUAAGAUUUGCGUGACAAGUGAAAAGAAGCUAAACAUAGCUUGUGUUGCUGCAGAAGCAUGCUUCUAACUGCAGGCAGAAUAGGCUUCGCGCCAAAAAUACCCCUUUUCUGUCAAGCGGCAGUGAUGAUCACGUGACCAUAUUUCAUGUCAUUCAUUGUAUUUGGCGUUUGCCGUAUGCGGUUUUCAACGUGACGAUGAGUGGAUUCACCUUGAUGAAAACCUUGUGGAUUAAAUUUUUUAUAUAAUUAUUGUUAUGGGAUACUGCUCGGGCCGAUAACUGGGGAAGCUUAUUAGGGGGUCUUGUAAGCGGACGUUUACGGUAUUUCCACACGUAGUGAAGGCAAUCGAUUUAGCUUAACCUUUUAAUACUCUUGUUCCUGGAUUAGGACGAUGAAGAGAACGAAUCCAACCCGUCUAGGAUGUUAGCAAUAUUCGAGCCGUCUGGUCAUGGAACAUGUUACUUUAGAGAUGGUAAAGUCAGGUAGGUAUUUAGUUUGAGUGAAAUAUUUUAUGUGGGUGAGAAGACGAUUAUUUUCUCUUGACCGGCCAUAUGAGCAGACAUACAGUAACUUCGGUUGCUGUGUUGCAAAUCAAAACAUGUUACUCUUUAUCCAUUCCUAAGCGCCAUGGACGUAACUGCCGCUUUUUUAGGAGCGUAUUAUGUGAAAGAACAUCACAUUUUAGCUCCAAAGGGAAACAAGGAUCAUCAUACGUUCCUAAAAAACUGCCCACCCACCCCUUCCCUAAGCCAACAUUUCAAUGCAGUCUAGAGAAAUUGUGCAAAUUUAUUCCACAUCUGCAGGUACUGCCUCUGCCUUGCAGAAGGAAAACCUUGGAGUGAAUUGGGUGGCCAUGUAAAAAUGGUAAUCCACACUCCAGUAGGAGUAGCGAUUUUGCGCAGGUGGCGAUUUUGUAGGGUAGGGUCAAUGGCGAACGGCGAAGCGGAAACAACGCUUCGCCGUUCGUUCGCGCGCGCUUUUGCAGCUUCCUCGCUCAUUUGCGCGCUCGUCAGACAAAAUCGCCGGCCACGCAGGCUGCAGUAGGGGGCAUAAAACAGUUUCUUCUAUUAGUACUUUCAUGCCAUAUGUAUUCAGGCUUAAAUAAAGAAACACUGUUUAUUGUAGUUUGUUCGAAAAAUGACCGAUUCAGUAAGAAAAAGACUCAACUCUGACUGAAUUUCUUAUUUUCUCAGUACUGUUAUCGAUGAAGAAGCACUAUGCAACCAUUUUCUAUGGAUCGAUAAGGGGCAAGAUGAAUACUGUUGAAGGCCUUUACGUUUCAAACUAGAACAGAAAUCUCCCUUGUAGUAGCAGCAUCUUGACGAUGUAUCGCAUUUGGUUUGUUUUUUUUAGGUUAGUGUUAAAUCCAUUCUAUGGCGUUCUGCUGGAUAACAAAGGUGCUCGGAAGAAGAAAUGGCUCUGGCAUAAUUUGAAGGAGCACGUGCACGCCCCACCUUUUCAACCAAUCACAUUCAUGAUCACCAAGCAGCUGUCAAUCAGAUGCUUAUCUCAGGUACUGGUGUCGAUGCUUUUUAAAUCCUUCAAACGCCAACUUCCGCAUGCAGAUUCUCCAAACCGAUCUUUAUGCAUAUCCUUAAAGAAUGAGUUGAGAGAAUUUGUCAAAAAAUCAUAGCAUUUCCCCUUAGUGAUAAUUUUAUUAAUUCUCCUGACCUCUUCUCUUGAUUAUGUAUUGAUAUUGAAAGAUUGUUCGCGCAGAUUAUCUUUUGACUAUUGUGACGUCACAAUAAGGGGUUGAGCAAUGCCUUCUAUUUUGACAACGGUUCUACUUCCUGUACUAUGAUUAUCCACUUUCAUCUAAAACUGAAGCCAUGUCCUUUUCUUAGGUAGAAGUAACUACGCACUUAAAUUUUGCAAUCAUUUGUAGAAGUCCCAUCCCUACUUGUGGCAUAAGAGUAUGUUAACGGAGCAGUAUUCUGUCGGUUAUCACAAAAACACCUUACCAAUUGCAUUGAUUAUGCACUGCUCGCUUUGUUGGCUAAAAUUUCAAAGUGCCACCCUCUCAUUUAAUCAGAUAAGCUAGACAGCGUGAGUUGCUUUCGGCGUUUUUCCGCGCUUUUUAACGGUUACAUGGAUAUGUAUAAUGAGCUCUGAUUGGUUCAUUGAGCUAGUUGGUAUGGUUACUUGACUUUUGCCGCGUUUCACUUCAACGAGAGCAUACAGUAUGUUUGAUGUUUCGGUGGACAAUUUCAUACAAAUCAUCGUAUUUUACAGUGAUUUUAUAGUGAUGGGCUCCUUUGGUUGUUCCAGGAAUGCGCGGAGUGUUUAUUGUCGUGAUUUUAGUAGCAGGAUUAACUUGUGAAUUCCCAAAAUCGCAACCUGCCCACCUACCCCUCCCCUAAGCCAACAUUUUGCCGUAAGUGAAAAGUAAGUGUUAAUGUUAAUUGUCUUAGGGGAGGGGUAGGUGGGCAGUUUCCCAGAAACGUAUAAUGAUCCGGAGAGUUUAUAGAGUUUCAAAAAGUGUGUUUCCUAUUUCAGAAUAAAACGGUUCUCACCUUUAAUCACGGAAAGCACACAGCUCGUUUUAACGUUGGAUCCAAACUCAAGGUAGGAGUCUACGAAACGCAUUUUGUUAAUUUACAGUUCUUACCGUUAGUCACUUUGAUUUAUUCGCAACUCUAGAAGCGAGAAAAAACUGGAGCCGAAGUGCGUCCCGCAAUUGUUUCUGGGAUUGUUACUGAGCAUGCGUCGAUCAGCUGUUGGCAUGGUUACUGGUUCUGUCCCUAGUGACAGUCCCAGAAGUCUUGGCGAAAGUCAACUCGGCCCAGUUCCUUCUCGUUUUUAAAGUGGCGAAUUUUAUCCGUUCGCUUUGUACAGAAGCCUGCGAAAGAGGUGUUUUAACAGGGCUGGCAUUUAGGUUAGGUAUUGAAAUAAAGUAAAUAUUGUUUUUGAUGUUACUUUAAGGCUGUCGCCAAAGCAAAACCACCAACAAACAAAGACAAUUACGAGACACAUCUCUUAGAGGUCAAGCAGUUUGUGAAGUAAGUACUAUGAUACUAAAUCUUAUACUUUAUGUUAAACUCAUGGGUGGGGCGUGGGGGGAAGGUGCCUGAGAAGCUGGUGGAGCCCAGAAACUGCAGCCGAGUGCAGCGAGUAACCAUGACACUCCUGUGAGUGGCAACCACCCGGGCACCUUCACACUGCUAACCAGUGGAAACUAAAUAUUGAGUUGUUUUCAUAUGACUUCACGUUGGCCAUAUUGGUGUCCCAAAACAAUGAAACGGCGGCCAUGUUGGUGUCCCAAACCAGUCCCGUGGGAGUUGAACUCUUUUCUUAUGCUAACGUCUUCUUUUGUUCCAAUAAAUUUGCACAGAUGCUGGCCACGUGAGUGGAAACGCUCUAUACUUACCACAUACUUACCAAAGGGAGGGCUGGGAAGGGAGCAGAAAUAAACACAAGUGAAAUGAGGUGACCUGAGCAUGAUAGCCUUAAAAUCCCAGACGCCCCUGUGAAAGGCCCACGGCCGCCCCUGCGAAUUCUAGGGAAAGACAGCUGGCCGGCAUGGUCUCGAAUUUAACUUUGACUAAAUUGCAUUGAAGGACUGUUCCAGAGGGUUAGUUGUCUCUUUUCUGAAGAAUCAUCAACUACCCAGAUGUUUACCAACCUGCGAAUACAGCCUUCUCUCCUCGCUUUCUGCCGCUCGUAAACGCUUCUAGCGGCGGGGAGCGACGGCUGUAUUCUCAGGCUAGAUAUUUACCAAUCAAGGAUAUGUCAUAAAAAUUCCAGAUGUAAAAUCUGUACUUCAUUUUUUUCUAGUAUUGUUUUAGAUCGUUACCAGAAUGCCGUGCGCCUUCCCAACUACCCUCGACUGGACAAAAUUCCACUUCCGCUUCACCUUCAAAGAGUAAAGGAUGCAGCAAGGAAGGCGAGGCUACAAGGCUCCACCCCCAGCAGUCAGCGGGAAAAGACAGUAAUCGUAAACUAG